GGCCUUGGUUCACUCAUCUAUAAAAAGAGAAAGUUGUACUCAAUGACCUCUGUAGCUAUGAUCUUUGUCAUUCCCAGAGAGGAAUGAAAAUGAGUGAAUUGUCUUGAGUCCCCUCGCCACCUCCCCACCCCCAUGCUCAGCUCCUGAGAUUGAGGAAAGAUUCAGGGCCAGGGCCUUACUGGACUGCCACUGGGUAUGCCACUGACUGUCUGGUCACCCCUUUCUCAGUGACUCUCACCCCAUCUUUUAGACUAGCAGAUUGUUACCACCAGGCACUGGUGAAACUCUCCCACCCCUUUUUCCUUUAUUUUAAACUGAGUCUUCUGCUCUAGCAAAGCCUGCUUCCUCUGUUCUGUUUCUUAGUAUGCUAACUCUGGGUGCAAGGCCUUCAUUCCCAAAUGCCCUUAGAAAAGUGCGCAGGACUGCAGUGGCUACCCUAUCCUCCAGCGUAGCCAAAGCCUGGGAAAGGGGCGUGUGUUCCUUUAAGAGGCUGGCCCAGGAGUGGUGGGGUUUGUUCUGUGCUGUUUCCUUUCUGGCCAUUCAAGAGCCCCAAACCUAUCCCGGAGCCCUCUAGCCUCAUUCACUGAGCAGGGACUGUGGGGGCAGUCUCACAGGAGCUGGACUGCUGGCUCGUUUGGAGCCCUCAACCCUUAGCCAAGAGCAGUUGAGUUUCUCUGGAUGAGAAAUGAUGCUGGUGUUGUUGAUUGUGUUUCUGCUGCCCUCUGGCUGUCCUGGGCUCCCUUUCUACAAUGGUUUCUACUAUGGAAAUGUCAUGAAUGACAGAAGCUACAGAAAUGGCAAUGGAGAAGGUUUCUUCAAUGGGGUGAAGUUGGUGGUAGAGACACCUGAGGAUCCUCUAUUCACUCACCGUGGUGCCAAUGUGACACUGCCCUGCCGCUACCACUAUGAACCGGCGCUGACCUCCUCACGUCCUGUCAGGAUCAAGUGGUGGAAACUGGGGGAGAAUGGGGCCCCUGAGAGGGAUGUGCUGGUGGCCAUUGGGCUGAGGCACCGAAGCUUUGGGGAGUUCCGGGGUCGUGUUCAUCUUUUACAAGAAAAGGAGCAGGAUGUCUCCCUGGUGAUCCGUGACCUGCGCCUACAGGACUAUGGGCGCUAUCGAUGUGAGGUCAUUGAUGGGCUGGAAGAUGAGAGUGGUGUGGUGGAGCUGGAACUGAGGGGUGUCGUGUUUCCCUACCAGCCACCCCAUGGUCGCUAUCAGCUCAACUUCCAGGAGGCACAGCUGGCCUGUGAGAAACAAGAUGCCGUGAUGGCCUCUUUUGAGCAGCUCUUCAGGGCCUGGGAAGAAGGACUGGACUGGUGCAAUGCAGGCUGGCUGCUGGACGGGACAGUGCAGUAUCCCAUCACCCUGCCUCGGCAGCCAUGUGGGGGGCAUGGCCUAGCAGCUGGGAUCCGCAGCUACGGGGAGCGUCACGAGAGACUGCACCGCUAUGACGUCUUCUGCUUCUCUUCCUCUGUGACAGGACGGGUAUAUUAUUUGGAGCACCCAGAGAAGAUGACGCUGGCUGAGGCACACGAGGCCUGUCAGGAGGAUGGGGCUCGCAUUGCCAAGGUGGGGCAGCUCUUUGCGGCUUGGAAGUUCUACGGCCUGGACCGCUGUGAUGCAGGCUGGCUGGCUGAUGGCAGUGUCCGCUACCCUGUCACCCGUCCCCGGCCUAACUGUGGAUCCCUUGAUCCUGGCGUGCGAAGCUUUGGCUUCCCUGACGAGGAGAGCCGGAAAUAUGGGGUCUAUUGCUACCUACAGAACUAGGGCUACGGGGCUGGCCUCCCUUGGCCCGGGCCUUGCACUCUCUCCUUUUUCCUCCCUCCUUCCCCCUGCUCCCCAUCAGGGCUGGUAUAUUUAUUGAAAGUCUCAUUUUCCCUGGGGGUUGAGGAGAUUUAGAUGACUUUUUACAUUUUUCAACAAUUUGUUUAAACAACAAUAUUUUUAUUAUGUGUUUUUUAAAGCCAAAAGAGGAAAUUGAAUUUUACUAAGACCUGCCUUCUUACAUGUCUUUCUUACUUCUGGGCACCCAGGGCACUCAGUAGGAGCAUAGACUCUUAAAGCUCAAAGGAACUUCAGAGAUCAUCUAGUCCACUUGCGUCAUUUUGUGGAUGAAGAAAUGGAGUCCCAGAGAAGGGAAGUGACUUGUCUAAGGUCACACAGCAAGUUAAUGACAGAACUGGAAUUAGAACCCAGAUCUCUAGACUCCUUGUCCACAGCUCUUUAAAAGUACCCUGGUUCUCCCUUUUCCUUCUGUUGAUGGAAGUGGGGGCUAUUCCUUAUGUGAGAGGAAAGGAGAGAUGCGGGGGUGGGGGGGGAGCCUAUCCAUCUUAUGCUGACAUACAACAAGACAGGGGACUCUGAAAUCAAGAAUUUGGACAGCUCUUGCUAGCUUGGCCUUGUGCCUCUCACACUUUCCUUUGCUCCUCCCAUUUCACGGGGAACCAUUCUCGUCCAGGUGAGUCCGAAUCAGUCCAUCCAAGAAGUCGAUGCUUCAAACAACAUCCCAAGCUCCACUUCUAUGCCCGGUCCAAGGAUUUUUGUGUCUUACUCUCAUUUUCUACUUCCUUUCUGGGGAACUGCCAUUAGGUCCAUGUUUUCCAAGAGCUAUAAAUGGUGCUAUGACUUUUUAGACAAAUUCUAGUUCCUUCUUGGUCCUUUUUCCUCCCUUUGUCUCUACCUACACUUUUUUUUUGACUGAACUGGUACUGUUGUACCUCUUGCUCCUUGGUGAGGUAUGGCUGUAGGGAAUAAUAAGAGAGAAAGAAUCAGGGUGCCCACGUGUGUGCAUAUUUGCGGGCAGUGGGUUGAGAAAGUAUGGGAGAAUUACUGCUCCCCUGAGUUGGGGGCUGCUGCCAUGGAAAUGUUUUCUUAAAUACAUACAAUAAAUUUGUGAAACAAAGAGAUGGUUCUGAAGGGAGGAGUGAGUGGGGAAAGCCCCUGCUGUCUUAGUGAAUCUUUGCUGCUGCUGGAGGCUGGAUUCUAGGGUCAGAUUUGUUUUUAUUACAUCUUCACCCAGAGCUGCAACUGUCAGCUGAAGACAUCUUUAGGGUCUAAUUACAGACUCACUCUUUGCUCCUGGAGACACGUAAUACUAUAGUUAUUCCCUCCACAUCAUAGGGUUUAGGAGUAUGGCGCCCCCUCAAUCUGGAAAAUCUGGGUAAAAUUUUUUGGCCCUUCCUUAAUACCGGAAAAGAAGUCUGA